GCACGGAUCUUCUAGUUGCACGCCUCGCGCAUUCCUCGCCUAAACGCGGUGGUUUGUUUGCUUGGUGAGCAAUCGCGACGACCAAAUGUUGCGACCUUGUAAUGGUUCGCUUGGGACACAUUGUGCAGCGCAUUCGCAUCAAACGACGACAUCAUUACAUACUCAGCCAACUUCCUCGGCGCAUAUAUCGCUAUGCGCGCAUUCUUCUGCCUGAAACCGCUAGUGCCGCUGCUCCUCGUGCAGCUCGUAGGCAACACCCUGACAUGCGCCGCCACUCCCCUCCUCCACCCUCACCAGCUCUCGUCGCACCAACUACCCCUACUCACCGCAGCCGCGGAAGAAUGGCGGCCCAACCCCCUGCGGAAGCACGAAGUCACCAGCUCCCGACCCUCUACAGCAGGCAGGAGACGAAGCCAUCUCGACGCCGCGCCAAACUCCGUCGGCAUCCUCUUCACUAGCAGCCAUGACGAAGAGAAGGUGGGAGUGGACGUCGAGGUCGUACAUGCGUGGGUGCCAUUGGGACGCAUGAUUCAUACGCAUGACUCGCCCGAACUCCCCCUCCGGCCGCAAACCGCGCGGAUCACGACACUGAUCCAUUCGACACCCGAGAUAGCAUCUCCCGAGCAUUUGGAUCGAGUGGUUUGUACGAUCUAUCCCAAGUGGAAUGCCAGUAAUGAGGUGCCGGACCCGGAUGUGUUGGCGGUGGAGUUGAAGAGGGGGGAUGGAAUGGUACGCUUAGUGGGGGCGGGGGCGGGAGCUGGUCCGAGGAGGAACUGGAGGGAGGUUGACACUGUUGAGUGUCGCUGAGUAGGUUUUGUCAUAGCUCUUUGGUAUGUAGAUGUCUUGCGCGGAUUGGUCAAUUGGUCGGAGUUCCGAGAUCACGACCACUUUUGGCUCGUCUGUAAUC